AUGGUGGAUUGCACGUUUAUAUUGACUCAAAUUUUGUUCAUCUCCUGCUGUUUUCUGACUGUACAUUGUGCACAACCCGAUUGUACAUCUGUGACUGACUUUGAUGAUUGUCCAGGGAAUAUAACACAUUUCUGUCCAGAGAAUAGUAUUUGUGCAUGCAAAGAUGGAGAGCCUUUUUGCAAAUGUCCAAAUUUCAGAGGUCGGUGGGGAAAUUAUUGGUACAUGGGGACCAAAUGUGACCAGCUCUGGAAUACUCUGGACCUGAUUUUAGUAGCAGCAUUGCCUGGAAUAGGACUGGCUUUACUAGUUGGUGUAACAAUCCAGACUAUCCACUACUGUAAAAAGAAGUCAAAGAAGAAUACAAAUGAUCACCGAGAACAGAGGAGUUUAUCAGGACUCCAACCUCAGCAUAAUUCUGCACAUGCUUUUGAUACUGCUAUGAGACCUUCUCAACCUGAUCAAGGCCAGAAUCCCUGGAGUUCAUCCCUUCAGAGCAUCCUUCCUAGAAGUCCUGUAUCUCCACCACAACAGUUCUCUGGAAGAAAUUACAACAUUAUGACUCAUGAGCCCAAAGAGGACAAUCCUUACAUCUAUCCAUCUUUUAAUUGGAAUGGCCCUCUGGGAACAGCUAGACCUGAAGCAAAUUAUGGGGACAAGUAUUCUUCAGCCAUGCACAUGAAGCCACUUUUCAAAUCAGAAAAAAAAAGUGAAAUGGAUUAUCACCCGAAAGUUAUCUUUAUGAAUGUUCUUGACAAAUGCAAUGAAUUAUAG